CAAGAUCAUUGUAUUUUGUCAUAAAUCAAUUCGUCGCAAUGGCUCCCAGGAUUGCUAUCGUCUUUUACUCCAUGUACGGUCAUAUUGAGCGGCUGGCUCAGGCCGAGUUGAAGGGUAUUCAAGCUGCAGGUGGCAAUGCAGACCUCUACCAAAUCGAGGAGACCCUCCCCGCCGAGGUGCUACAAUUGAUGCACGCCCCGCAAAAGUCUUCCGUUCCUGUCAUUCAGCCAGAGCAGCUGCUCGAGUACGACGCCGUCCUCUUCGGUAUUCCCACUCGCUUCGGUAACUUCCCCGCGCAGUGGAAGGCCUUCUGGGACCGGACCGGUAAGAUCUGGGCCACCGGCGGCUACUGGGGAAAGUAUGCUGGUCUCUUUGUCUCUACCGGCACACUCGGUGGUGGCCAGGAGUCUACUGCGCUAGCGGCGAUGAGCACGCUCGCGCACCAUGGCUUCAUCUACGUGCCGCUAGGUUAUAAGACUGCAUUUCCGCUUCUCACGAACAUGUCUGAGAUCCAUGGUGGCAGCGCAUGGGGCGCAGGAACCUUUGCUGGAGGAGAUGGCUCCCGCCAGCCCAGCGAGCUCGAGCUUUCCAUUGCCGAGGCUCAGGGCAACGCGUUCUAUAGUCACGUUUCUCGGCUGAACUCUGCUUGACUACAUGAUAGCUCUGGAGGGGAUGCAAUGAGUCGGGAGCUCGGUAGGCAGGACGUGAAAGAGCGCGAAGCUCAAGGGGCAAGGCUAGAUCCAGAGAGGGAGUCGGAGGAAGUCGAGGGAGGUCUCUGUGGGCUGCCCAGCAAGUGUAACAUACUUUGAUUCCCUAAAUGGCUUCUCAAGAUGAACCUUAAUGAGCUGGGAAAUGCUUCUAGCGAGCAGUAUAUUAUAGUUAGACACUACAUACUAGUACGGAUUAAUAAACAUUUUUUGAUUGG